GUUAGAGUCGAUCUUUCAACUUGUUAAGCUCAAUUAUCCAUUCUAUUAUCAAUAUUUUUCAUUCUUAAAGUGUUUUUCCCUACGUUUUAUUGCAAAAAGUAAAAUUUACUUGUAUUUUUUUUUGAACAACAUGUAAGAGUGGGUCGACCCGUCCCGCCCCGUACCCGCGCCGGUUUUACCCGCCCCGACCCGUAGUAGCGUGGGGCGGGGCAUGGGAAUUGAGGUACCCGCCCCGCCCCGCCCCAUUGCCAUCACUACUUCCAAGUGAGUGUUUGAAUAAUAUUAGAUUUUUUGUGUGUUUUCUUGUAUAUUUGUACUUUGUUCAUUCAGCUACAUGAUUAAGGAAUGAACAAAAUAUCUAUCGAAUCAAUUACCUCAUUGCUCGUCCUCUCUAAUCCUCUCAAUUUUGUUCUCUCCAAACCCUAAUUUUACUCUACACACCCGUGAAUUUCUAUCAAUUCUCUUAUUGAUAACGAUGUAAUUGCACAUAUUUGCGCCCCUAGUUCUUAUCCGUUUGAGGGGCAUAGUCGUGUAAUUUUGGCCUAUUUUACGCCGGGUUGUGCUAUUUUGUCAUAUUUCAGGUCCCAAGCGUCAAAGGAAAGGCUAAGCACGAGUUUCGGGGCAUUCGGAAGUCAUUUCGUCGAGCUGGAGCCAAAACACGGGCACACCUAAUUCAUUACACGGCCGUGUUCUGUGGCCGUGCUUUUACUGCCGAGAGCUAAUUCGAGUUUGGCAAACAUGAGCUGAUUACACGGGCUGAAAGCACGGCCGUGUUCUCCCAAAGCACGACCGUGUUCUCUCCAAAGCACGGCCGUGUUUCUCCCAAUGCACUGGCCGUGUAAUUAACCCUAGCCAAAGCACGGGCGGGCUGAGGCAUUACACGGCCGUGCCCUCGACCGUGCUUUGGCCACUGAUGCCCUUUUAAGCAGAUUUUCAGCCAAAAGGAAAGGAGAGAGCUGGGUUUUGGAUCCCAAACACCCAAGGGACGAACCAAAGAGAGAAAGGGCGAUCUGAAGGAAGCCUAAGAGUGGAAUUGGAGGAUUUCUUCGCCUUGGAAGCUCGAGGAACAAGCCCGGACUUGAAGACUGAUCAUCUGAAGAUUCUUACUGCAGUCUCUCUCUUCUCUAUGGAGUAACUUCCCUUCACUUAGGUUUUGAGGAACCCUAGCUAUGUUUGUUUGAUUGGAUGAUUGUAUGAGUACUCUGACUUGAUAAUCUUGAGUUCAUAUUCAAUCUAUGCAUGUUUUCAUGAUUCAAUUCUGCUUUAGUCGAGAUUAUUGAUUCUGCUUUGAUCCUAUGAGAGGGAAUACCUGAUUAGGUCAAUAGAGCACCAUAGAUUGAUAGUAGUGGAUCGAUUGCUUUAGUCGAGGGUUGAUUCACUGCUUUUUAUCGAUUGAGAACCUCUUUCGAUAGAGGGAGUCUAGUUCAGAACGCCUUGAUCAGUUGUUCUAGAGAAGGAUACGUCCCUCUAGGCAAUUGACUCAAGAGGGCCUUGUUCCUUUUGUCGAGACUCAAGGUCUAGUCAAGGAUUCUCCGCAUUGUGAAUGAAAGUGAAACAAGUUAGAAAUCAUCAAUCGUUAAUCUGGCUAGUGGCUAGGGGGAAUCAUACCUAAGUGAGUUCCCAACCUGUAAUUAGAUUAACUUUAACUGUAGUUUGUUAGAGUAGUUUUAGUUCUUCCAUCUUAAUCUGGUUUUCUAGAUAAUGAACUGAAGCUGAGUAAUGGUAACUCUAGAGACCCGUGGAUUCGAUAUUUAUUACUUGAGCCACUAUACUGCAGUCCCUUUCAUUGGUUACACUUGGCCAUUGUUAGGUGUUGUGUCAUAGCGAGUCAUGUUUUUGGCGCCGUUGCAGGGACUUUCUAGAUUAUUAGGAAAGGCAGAAGUUUGUUACUUUAGCGUUUUUCUUUUCUUUUCUUUUCCACCCUUGCUUUUCACUUGGGUGUUUUUGUUUUUGUUGGUGCAGAUCUGAAUCAUGGAUCCUCAUGGCUUCUCCAACAAUUGGGGGUAUCCACCACCACCCGAGUGGUAUUACCCUGAGACUCCCUGGAGCAAUCAAGGAGGAGAAGACUAUGGAUUCGGGUUCCAGUACCAACCCCCUUACUACGGAGAACAACCGGACCCCUGGGCAUAUCAAGAACAACCUCAUUACCAAGAAGAAUUUUUCCCACAACCAGAGGGGCCAUUGGAGCGGGAAUUACCCAUGGCGGCCUUCACGGGCCAUUCUGCAGAGCCAUGCUACACUCCACACCCAGAUCCACACUAUGAAUUGAGACUUAUCAUGGAGCAGUUUGCUCGAGACUGUGAUAGAACAUGCUCUAGGAUGGAUCAUUGUGUCCAGGCCUAUCGUGAAACAGAGGAGAUCCUCCUGAGCCUUAAGAAGAGCGUCGAUGAUCUUGAGCGAUCUUGGGCACAACCUGCUCCAAAUCACCCUUCUGCUACCAUACUAGAAGAGGAGGAGGAAGAAGAAGGCUACAAGGACAUUGUGGAACACACAGAAGUUGUCACGGAGAGCUCCCGUGAUGGUCAUGAUCAGGAAUGUCCUGUCGUAGCCGACCACACCUUCCCACACCCCAAACUGAGCUUUGAAGAAGCGAGCAUGAGUGAGGAGAUGCAAGAAGAUCUCAUGAAAGAAAUUGCUUGGCAACUUGCUCUCCAAUCCGUGCUAGAAGAAGAAGAGCAAGAAAGGGUGCAGAAAGAAGUUGUGGAGGAUGACGAAAGUGAAGCAGGAGGAGUUCUUGAUAAUUUCCCAGGGGUGAUACCACAUGAAGAAGGAAGGGAGGUUGAAGAAGAAAUUGGCGUCCAGGCUGAGGACGGAGUUAAGGUGGAAGAGGCCUGCACCGGCCAUGAGUUACAUGUGAUAUCUCCACCAAACUUUGAGGAACUGCUUAGCAAGGACCCAUUUGCAGUGUUUCUUUGCCGGACCAAAGCCACAUCGAAAUCGGUCCCUCUUGGUGGACGCGAUGGUGGCCAAUCGAUGCUGUCAUAUCUGGUUUGGGGCAAUGAGACGAGAGAAGAGAAGAAGAGGUCUCGAGGGUGGAGACUUCAUCUGCAUCAAGUACAUGAGCCUUCAUCACCUGUCACACCACAUGCUCGUGACUUGAGACUCCACCUCAUCGACGAGAACCUCAACUUCAAGGAGGUUUUAGCAUGGACCGAAACUUAGGAGCCAUCGUCUGGCUCACGAGGUGAAAGAAGCGCUUGUUGGGAGGCAACCCAAACAGUCGGUUUGCAUUUCUUUCUCUAUUUCUCCUCGGUUGAGUCAGUUUUGUUAUUUGAUUUUAGAGUCAAUAACUCAACCUUUGUGAGAUUUUGUGUGGUGUUUGUGUUCUGAUUACUCUCUCUUUCUGGAAUGCACCGCCUGACCCGUUCAUCAUCAUUCACCCUUGAUCUGGUAACUUCCUUCUACCCUCCUUAUCUUUCCUCCAUUGAGGAGAAUGUCAUGCUUAAGUGUGGGGGGAUGUUCGAUUAUUUAUGCAGGUGAAUGUUUGGCUGUUUAUGUGCUUGGAGCCUAGUCCACUGUCCAAAUUUUUAAAUUUGAGGGCUCCAAGUACGUGUUCCUUGCAAUUGCCUGCUCAGUAUGCUUUGAAUUGACAGUCUUUAUAGUAAUAUGCAACCUAGGGAGGUAGUGUAGCACUAUGGAGGAUGUUGAUGCCUUUAAGAAAUCUCAUUUCUUCUU